CCAUUGUACCGUACCCAAACCCUCAAACAUCCAUCUUUAAGAGGGAAAUAAUCUCGACUGAGAGAAAGCGAGAGUUCAAUUAAUUCGAUUUUUUUAAGAGGUGAAGGAAAAAAAAAAUGGAAGAUUCAUCAUCAAAGUCGUUCUUGAGAAAGCAAUGGGAUGAAUACAAAGAAUUCUGGGCCGAUCGAUUUCCGUUCACUAAUGUCUAUUCGAGAUACAUCGGCCGUGAACAGUCCCUUCCUUCAUGGUCUGAAUCCGAUGUUAACGAGUUCAUCGCUUCUGAUCCGGUUCAUGGACCCACCUUGAAGACUGCCAGGGAAGCAGCAAACAUCGCCUUAUACGGAAGUGCUAUCGGAGCUAUCACAACUGCAGGUUUUGCCUGGAAAUACUCGAAGAGUUUACAUGGUGCUGGACUGUCUUUCGUAGGAGGAGCCGUUUUUGGUUGGACAUUUGGACAAGAAAUCGCAAAUCAUGCGUAUCAACUCUACAGGUUGGACACAAUGGCUGCACAAGCCAAAUUUAUGGAUUGGUGGGAAAACAAGUGCCGGAGGUGAUCUUUAAAAAACCUUAUUGUGAUGUCGAAAGCAGCACCUGGACUCGCUUUCCAUUUGGUUAAAUAAUGGCGGCAUGUCGAAAACAUAACGUUUGGUCCAAUGCUUUGGCUUUUGUUAUAAACUUUCGCAUCUGAGUUUGAAGGAUUUGGAGUUAACUUAUUUUUCCCUUUUGGAAGCAACUUGAUGGAACCAGUUGUUUACAUUACAGUACUUUGAAUAAAUUUGACGCAGUUCUAUCA